UCUUUUCAUUCCUUCCUUCAUCAUCUUCUUCUUCUUCUUCUUCGAUCCAUGAAUCUCUGCUCCUAAUCCACCUACACCAAAAGUAGGUCAUUCAUGAAUGGCGUCUUCCGCUCCUCCGCCGCUGUCCGAUUCCUCCCAUUCACAAUGAUACGAUCGGCCGCCGCCGCCGCCGCACCGCCGCCGCCACUCCUCUCCUCCGGCCACUCCUCCAUUUUCAUCCUCUCCCCAUUCUCCAAACCACUCUCAUUCUCCGUCGCGCCCGAACCCGUUCCCCAACCCGAUUCGCCCGCAUCGGACCUCUCAUCCCAGCUGUUUUCCCUCCUAUGCCAGCCCAAUUGGCAGAAGCAUCCCUCCCUCAGAAAAUUGAUUCCGACGAUAUCCCCUUCUCUUUUCUCCUCUUUCCUCCUCCAGCAUCCCCAUCUCAACCCUCAGAUUGCCCUCAAUUUCUUCAAUUUUCUCACACGCGCCCCCACUUUCAAGCCCAAUGUCCAAGCGUUUGCUUCCCUUCUGCGCAUUUUGAUAAGGAAUCAGUCGUUUCGGGAUGCGGAGAAAACCCGGAUUUUAAUGAUCAAGUCUUGCCAGAUCGAGGAGGAUGCCAGCUUCGCAUUGAGUUUUCUCCGCAGGAUGAAUAGUGGUGAAGAUUGCGACUUUAAGUUCAGAUUUAACCUUAGGUGUUAUAACAUGCUUCUGAUGUCUCUGGCUCGGUUCGUGAUGGUCGACGACAUGAAAUCUGUAUACAGGGAGAUGUUGGACGAUCAGGUGUCGCCGAAUAUAUAUACAUUUAAUACAAUGAUAAAUGCUUUCUGUAAAUUGGGUAAUGUGAGAGAGGCUGAGUAUUAUAUGAGUAUGAUUUUGCAGGCUGGUUUGAAACCGGACACUCAUACUUUCACAUCGUUCAUUUUAGGACAUUGUAGGAAAAAAGAUGUUGACAGUGCAAGUAAAGUUUUCUCGACUAUGCCGGAAAAGGGCUGUCGGAGGAAUGAAGUUUCGUAUAAUAAUUUGAUGCAUGGGUUGUGCGAAGCGGGCAAAGUGGACGAAGCGAAAAGUCUUUUCUUGCAAAUGAGGGAUGAUAAUUGUUUUCCGAAUGUUAGAACCUACACAAUUCUGAUUGAUGCUUUGUGUGGUUCGGCUAGGAGAUUGGAGGCUUUGAGCUUGUUUGAGGAGAUGAUGGAGAAAGGCUGUGCGCCAAAUAUUCACACUUACACUGUAGUUAUUGACGGUACGUGUAAAGAUGGUAUGCUUGACGAAGCCAGGAAAAUAUUGAGAGGGAUGUUAGAUAAUAGGUUGGUUCCUAGUAUAGUGACAUAUAAUGCUUUGAUCAAUGGGUAUUGUAAGAAGGGAAUGGUUGGUUCUGCUUUAGAGAUAUUCGACAUGAUGGAGUCGAAACAUUGUGUUCCAAAUGUGCGUACUUAUAAUGAGUUGAUUUUUGGAUUCUGUGAGGUGAAAGAAGUGCAUAGGGCGAUGGCACUUCUUAGUAAGAUGCUACAUCAAAAGAUUUUUCCGAAUCUUGUCACUUUUAACCUUUUAGUAUGUGGGCAGUGUAAGUCGGGUGAUGUAGAUAGUGCUUUUCGCCUGCUUAAGUUAAUGGAAGAGAACAAUGUAGUUCCUGAUCAGUUAACGUAUGGUCCUCUCAUUGAUGCUUUGUGUAAAAAAGGGAGUGUCGAUAAGGCGUAUGGCAUAUUUAACUCUCUCAAAGAGAAAGGCUUAAAGGUGAAUAAAGUUAUGUAUACUGCUCUAAUUGAUGGAUACUGCAAUGUAGAGAAUGUUGACUUUGCCCUUGCUCUGUUUGAAAGAAUGCUUACUGAGGACUGCCUUCCCAACUCGUACACUUACAAUGUGCUGAUAAAUGGAUUGUGCAAAUUGAAAAAAUUACCCGAAGCUUUGAAAUUGCUUGAAAAGAUGUUGGAGGGUGGGAUGAAACCGACGAUUGUUACUUACUCGAUUGUCAUUGAGCAAAUGUUGAAAGAGUUCGACUUUGAAAGUGCCGAUAGAGUUUUGAGUCAUAUGAUUGCUCUGGGACAUAAACCUGAUGUGUGCACAUACACCUCGUUUCUUGUUGCUUAUUGCAACCAAGGAAUGCUGAAAGAAGCAGAGGAUGUAAUGGCUAAAAUGAAAGAGAAAGGAAUCUUGCCAGAUUUAAUGGCUUACACGGUACUAAUUGAUGGAUAUGGGCGUUCGGGAUUUUUAAAUCUUGCUUUUGAUACCUUCAAAUCUAUGGUUGAUGCUGGAUGUGAGCCAUCUCAUUAUACGUAUUCCGUUUUAAUCAAGCAUCUCUCACAUGAAAAAUUAAUCAAUAGAAAUGGUGGAUCGAUUAAUAUAGCCGAUGUUUGGAAAACUAUGGAACACGAUACAGCUUUGAAGCUCUUUGAAAAAAUGAAAGAAUGUGGUUGUGCACCGAAUGUAGGCACCUAUAAUGCACUUAUCACCGGACUUUGCAGAGAAGGGCGUAUUGAAGAAGGUUGGAAAUUGGUUGAUCAUUUGGAACAACAUGGAAUAUCUCUGAACGGGUAUAUGUACACCAAAUUAAUAAAUUGUUGCUGCAAUAUGAAAAUGUACGAGGAAGCUUUGGGUUUAAUUGAUGCGAUGCUCAAGCGUGGACUUUUACCUCAUUUAGAGUCGUAUAAGCUGCUUGUUUGUGGGUUAUAUGUGAAAGGAAACGGCGAGAAGGCUAAGGAAAUAUUUUGUAAGCUGCUUCAUUGUGGUUACAAUUAUGAUGAGGUGGCAUGGAAGGUCUUGAUUGAUGGUUUGCUGAAGAGGGGCUUUGUGAAGAUAUGCUCUGAGCUGGUCGGUGUAAUGGAGAAGUCUGGUUGCACACUUAAUCCUCAAACUCAUACAAUGUUGAUACAGGGGAUUCUCGAUCAAGAAAAGGGCACGUAGAAGAUAAUAUAUUUAAUCGUUUUCUCUCGGCUGGUCUAGGAAUUAGCAAGACAGUUUCGGUGGUUCUGUCAUUGGACCAGACAAAUGUCCCCGUCUUUUUGUCAGAUUUUCUGCAUAAUAUUCAGAUCUGAUAAUUACCUUAUGCCAUGAGAUCAUGCAGUGAUUGGGGGUCAAAGAGCUCGACUGGCUGUUGAUGUUUAUUUCAGUACAGGAAAUAACUAUAGACUAUAGACGGAGAUCUUAAAGAAAUGA